AUGAAUCAACAAUGGGAACCACAAGCCAGACCAACUGGCGGCGGAUCGGUCAGGAGGGCGAGAGAACGGAUGGAAGCAGGUUUACCUCCAGAUAUGCCACCGCCUCCACGACCAGCUUAUUCACCCCCUCGAUCUAUGCCUAGUCAACCAGCAAAUCGCUCGCGACCACCCAUGCCACCGGCACUGGCAACUUCGCGGAAUGGGCAAAGCCCAAUUGGGGUUGCAAUAUCACGACCGACUCCAGCACCUCAAUGGCCUUUAUCGGGGACGGUCGAGGGACCAGACUCACAGAGUGGCCCACAAUACCAACCACCUCAGGGGCGUGGAGUAGCUCCUCAACGACCACCACGGCCCAGUCGGGUACCAUCGAUAUUGGACUCCUCAAAAAUACAAGAUCACACCCCUUCUUUUCAAUACAGGCCACAACAGAACGCCCCCGAUCAGAACCAAUGGAGAGGCACCGUCCCUGAAGAUGAGGAGAUGAUGUCGCCUACGAUACUGUCACCAGUUACGCCAUCAUCUAGGCCUUCUACUGUAUCAUCAGUUGGAACGAUACCAGACUUCCCAGUUCCAAUACUCGCGCCGCCACGGAGGAGUGUUCAUCUAGGUCCACCACCAAGUGCAAGAAGAGGAGCUUCUUCAUACUACUCGCAAGCAUCAUAUGUGUCACCUAUCCCCGAAGAAAGUCCCCGGAUGCAAACUUCACAUGGAUCAUAUGCCUCAAGUGCGGCUAUUCCGUCGAGUUGGGGUUCGGAUUAUGGUGAUGACGAGAACCCUGAUCGCCAUUUUGAGCACGAUGAGAUAGAGGAAGGCCGUGAAUCGAGGGAAUCAAAUGGUGAUGAUAGCGAUGAUCGAGGAUUAAUCCGGAGCGCAAGUCUUGGGAAACGGGCAAAACCAUCAAUGGUUAUAACGAGAGGGGCAGAUAAGGCAGAUUCAGCAAGGCCCUCUCCGAGGCCACAACAAACCCCGAAAACGGACCAGAUGGCUUCUGCGUCAACGGCUUCAGGAAAGGGGGGGGCUACCAAUUCGGCUCUUUCAAGCGGUACGGGUUGGAUUGACACAUCGACCUCGUCUUCGGAAAACACCAUCCCUACACUUGCGAAAGCGGCCAUCACGGAUUCGCCCAAUUCGAAAUCCUCAGACCAGUCAGACCCGAGAGCGCGUGAAAUGUUGGCCGCCUACAACGCUGCUAGCACGUUACAACCGCGAGGACCUACCCCGACAAGAACUCCCAGCCCGGGGCCCUUUACUAGGUUGUCGGCCAUUAGGAGGCCACCUCGACUUGAUAUGGAUGCCGUGCGAGAUGCCGAAGCUCGGGGCAGCUUGACCAGUUUGCCUGACUUGAUUCGGCGAGCAACUAGGUUAGCAGCAAUGAUGGAUCGCGGCAAGAGGCCAGGGAGUCGACUGAACGAUUUGAACGAUUUCCCUAUGGUCGGCAGCGACGAUAAGGGGUAUUCUCUAACACCUGACGAGAAACACCGGUCCGGACUCUCUGGCAUGCUUGCUGCGUUUCCACCACCGGGUGCCGCUACACCCCGAGAGGGUACACCCCGUCCCACAUCAACCUGGCCUUCAGGUUAUGAUGCUCGCGAUCCCGACGGGCAAAGGCCCCCCAGGAAGAGACGCUGCUGCGGACUGCCAUGUUGGGGUGCUAUCCUGGUCAUAUUAGUACUGUUAAUUAUAAUCGCCGCAGCAGUUGUAGUUCCUGUGGAACUGCUUGUCAUAAACAAACCAAAUUCGAAAGCACCAUUGUCAGCUCUGCAGCAAUGCCAAGCAGAUACAGCAACAGCAUGCCAAAACGGCGGUGCAUCAUUGAUAGUCACCGGAUCCUGCGCCUGUAUAUGUACCAACGGUUUCACCGGUUCUACUUGUACCAGCAGCGGCGCCACAGGUUGCACGACCACCUCUCUACCUGGAUCGGAAUUUACAGAUGUUACGCUUGGCGAAUCGCUUCCCCGCCUCAUUACAGCUGCCGAAUCUAAUUUCUCUAUUCCUCUAUCAUCCAACAUCCUCCUUGCCCGUCUUAGUUCUGCAAACCUUUCAUGCUCAUCAGAAAACGCCCUGGUAACGUUUGAGGGCCGAUCUCAACGGAUUGGAAAUGCGAACGAUAUCGUUACCCUCACGUUGUCUCCAUCGCCGUCUAUGCCUUCCGCAACUUCCGCAACUUCUGCAUCCUCCCAACCCCACCAUCGAAAGCAAUUCAAGUACCCCGACGCAGUAACAAGCACCAAGUCAAUUGCACCUUCAACGACAAGCGGUAUUCUCGUAGAUCCCUAUCUUCCAUCGAGCACGGCGGCGGCGCCAUCAACUGUGACCUCCGCUUCUCCUACCGCCACCUUCCGCAUCACGGAGGAAGCCCUUGAUUUCGCCCGAAUAGCCGUGCUGUUUGUGCUACAGGAAGAGCAACUCGACCAUGCUGUAAAUGCACAAUCGGCACUUCAAAAAUUCUUCGAUCUCCAAAGUUAUACCAACUUGGCUGCGAUGAAUAUCAGUCUUGGAAACGGGAACACAGUCAACCUCCUUGGUUUCACCAUAGAUCUUGGGAGCGGGCUUGUGGGCAAUCAAAGCACGUCGAAAACCAGCGGAUCUAUGAAAAGCAGGAAGCGAAAUCUAUGGGCCACGCUAUAA